GAAGAAACUAAAACAAACGUUUAAAUCUAAACUUAAGUUUUCGCUCUGCGGGCAGAAAGAUGGAACGGAUACGUAACAACUCCUUGCGAAACACAUCUGUUUACCUGAUCAGCUUAAUAUACAUGGUGUUGCUAUCUUAAUAAAUUUCAUUCUUCAAAAAGUCAUUUCAUCAAAAAGACGUCAAAAUGCAUUCUUUUGUAGUUAAACUUUGUACAUAUGGGAUGAAUUUUCUUAAAAUUUCUCACAGAUUUUCUUCAGGUAAUAUUCAGAAUGUGCAGUUUGAUGGUCCUCUCUCAGGUAUACGUAUUUUGGAUUUGACACGCAUUUUAGCAGGACCUUUCUGCACUAUGAUCUUGGGUGACUUAGGAGCUGAAGUUAUUAAAGUAGAAAAUCCAGAUGGUGGUGAUGAAACAAGAAAUUGGGGCCCACCUUUUCUGAAUGGAGAAAGUGCCUACUUCAUGUCAGUUAACAGGAACAAAAAGAGUAUUGCUAUAAACAUGAAAACACCUCAGGGCAGAGAUUUGAUAAAAAAGUUGGCAAUGGAAAGUGAUGUUCUAGUAGAAAAUUUUGUACCUGGCAAAUUAUCUUCCUUUAAGUUAGAUUUUGAAAGCUUGCAUCCUGUUGCACCUCAUUUAGUAUAUUGUUCCAUUACUGGUUAUGGAGCUUCUGGGCCUUACCAUGACCGUGCUGGAUAUGAUGUCAUAGCUGCAUCUGUUGGUGGUUUACUGAAUAUUACAGGUCCAGAAAAUGGAGAACCUUGUAAAGUUGGGGUUGCUGUGACAGACCUGGCUACAGGUUUAUAUGCUCAUGGGGCUAUUAUAGCUGCUUUAUUACAAAGACUGAAGACAGGGAAAGGGCAAAAGAUCGAUUGUAACCUUUUAUCAACACAAGUGUCAUUACUAGCUAAUAUUGGAUCAAAUUACCUCAUUGCGGGACAGGAGGCAAAGCGCUGGGGAACUAGUCAUGAAAGUAUUGUUCCAUAUCAAACAUUUCAAACUAAGAAUGGUUUUAUUACAGUUGGAGCUGGUAGUAACAAACAGUUCAAGGUAUUAUGUGAACGUCUGAAUGUCAAACAUUUUGCAGAUGAUCCUCUGUUUCAAACAAAUAAAGACAGAGUGAAGAAUAGAAAGCUUCUGAUAUCAAAGCUGACAGAAAUUUUUUUAAGCAAUUCUACACAAUAUUGGCUGAAGAGUUUUGAAGGAAGUGGAAUCCCAUAUGGACCAGUAAACAAUAUGGAAGGUGUUUUCAAUGAUCCACAAGUAUUACAUAAUGAGAUGGUGAUUGAUAUGAUGCAUUCUCGUGCAGGCAAAAUUAAAUUAACAGGUCCAGCAGUUAAAUACAGCAGCUGCAGCAAUAAAGUGAAGUCUGCACCUCCAGUUUUAGCUGAGCAUACAGAUGUGAUACUAUCCGAAAUACUUUCUUAUUCAAAAGAAGAAAUACAUAAUUUGCGGUUAUCAAAAGCAAUUUUAUAAUCAAGAAUAGAAUUUGAUUUUACAUUACAUAAUUAAUGAAAUUAGAAGUAAACUGAAAGGUUACUUCCUUUAUUUUUUAAAAUACUAAUAAUACUGUAGUUGAGAAUUUUGUAAAAAAAAAUUCUUAUUUUAAAACUUUUUUAAUCACUCAAAAUAUUAAAUUAUUUCUUCUUUAAAUCAACCAUUACUAUCUGAUGAUAGUCUUAAAAACUAAUUUUCCUUAAAUGUAACUGUUAAACUUUGAUUAAUGUAAUAGUAAAGUUUAACUGUGAUUAAAUAUGUAUAUAAUGUAAAAAAUUAAUAUUAUUUUAAUAUUGUGCAAUUAUGAAGUUAAAAUUCUGAUUAUAUUAAAAAUAUCUAAAAUGCCUAUUACUAUCUAGAAGACUAAUACUUUGUAACAAGUAAUUCAUAUAUAAGAAUAUAAGUGAUGUGUGAACUUGAAAAGUACAUUAUAUAUUUUUAAAAAUUAAGUAUAUAUAUUAAUAUUUAUUAAUUAUUUAAGUUAUUUAAAUAUUUAAAAAGUACAUAUAUUUCUCUAAUAAAGAGUAAUUUAAAUGCAUGUAACGUGUUGUUAAUAUUUAACCUAUACUUCAAUAAAG